AUGAGAACGCUUGCUCAGUCGUCCGUCAUGAAGCUAGUCAUUGGGUUUUUGGCCCUGCUUCUUGUUGUUCAAGCGGAUGGCAAGGAGCUCUCAGAUGAUGACAUCAAGGCGAUUUAUGAUGCCAAAGAACAAAUCAUCUCCGCCACUUCUCCUUCAGAUCUGCUUUUGUUCCUCGGUAAUCCGGCAUCCAUCGUGCCACCUUCAAUCUGGCUGGCGAUCGAUCCCGAAACCCAGAAUCCCGACCCGCUGCUGCUGCCUCCAAGGGCACCGACCUUCGAUGAUUUCAGGGCUGGCGCUCUAUCAUACGCGGCCCUGAAUGCUGGCAAGAAGCAGCUGUAUCUGGAAGCCUCUCGUAUCUAUGAGAGAGAAAAGAAGGAAUACAAGGAGUAA